CUCUUAUUUUCAUCACCUUGGUGCCGGAUUAGUCUGUCGCAAGUCUGUCGCCCUCCGAGUACCUAUUUUAAUUCCACGGUGACACCAAGAUCUAAGACCAUUAUCCUCGUACCAUCUAUAUCUGUAGCUCACGGUCAACUCACGGUACCCUGCGACACCGUGCGAGUGGAUGGAAAGGAAUCUGACCCAUCGUUCCAACCCGAACAUGGGGGCGGUUACGAUGGCGAGAUGUUGGAUAGGCCAGAGAUAUGCCAUGUUUUCUUACAGUUUUGAGGGGGGGGGAAACGUAAAAGCUUCCAAUUCGAUGUUUCAGCCACUGAGUCUCGGUCAAAGCGUUCUUCACGGUGUUGAUGGUGUAUUCGUCGCACAGCACGACUAUCUUUGCGACUUCAGUACAGAUCGGCUAGUUGAUGGGCACGUGCUGCCACGGCCCCCAGCAUCAACCGCUUUCACCGAUUUCACCAUGCAAUUCCAGGAGCUGAGCUCACUUGCUCAUUAUAACGAAAAAUGCCGCGACUCCUUGGUUUGCCAAAAUGCCCCGUGCUGAAGUAUUCUCGCUACCACCGAUAUCGUUCACAUCAGAAUUUCCCAAUUUCUCCCCGCCAACCACAUCUAUCCUUCCUUCUCAUUUCAGAGCUCUCUCCUACGAUGCAGCAGUAUGGGCUUGGUCAUCUCAGGAACUGCAAGAGAUUGUGUCUCGUACGAUUAGGUAUUCAGCUCGAGAGUCCUCCAUGCGGCUACUUUCCUUGGAACUACUGGAUACCACCUUACCGGACGAACUUCACAAGCUCCAUAACCAGCGACAUACUUCAGGUCAGAAGUACCGAGAUAUUGUACAGCGAAGAAGCAUGUUGAUUGAAAGGUUGUGGAAUGGUAUUGCCAAGCCCUGCAACUCCUCGCCAACUGAAUCCUUGAUAGCCUCCGCCUCUGCUCUUCUUUUCCAGCUCUCAGAGACCGUCGUUGAAUCCGACAAGCUCGCUGAAGGAUUGGUCCAGAUCUGUGAUCAAGUAAAAGAGAUACAACAGUUACUUAGUAGUCAUUCGACUAGUGCGUUGGCUGUCGCUUUACGAAAGCUCAACAAAUCUUACACCGAACGCACCGAAGAACUCGUUAGGGCCAGAGAACGUAUCAGUCAACUUGAGGCUGAAAGAGAAGAUGCAUGGAGGGAGGCUGAAAAAUUAGCUGAUAGACUGGACGCUGUUGAACGAGGGAGGGAACAAUCUGACUUUAUGCAGGAAGGUGUCCAAACUCAGAUGGGUGUGGAAGCUACGGAAGCCGCCCAGCUACCGGUAACCUUCUCACCUCUCGUGCCGACGACUUCUACUAUGCUACCUACCAUCGAUAGGUUGCCUGCACCUUUUUUACCUCAACUCUCAUCACCAUCGACACCCACGACCCCGACCCCCUUCACCUCCAAGCACUUUUCCCCCAAGCACUUUUCUCCGCCUCACCUACCACCCUCUCCAACUUCCAUCUGGGAAGACUUGUCUCCUGUGAUUCCAAACGGCCAAGGCCAGCGGCCUCGGAGGUCGUCAACAGGCACUUCCAGUGGUUAUUCUCUCCUUGAAACUCCAGGAUCUCUGACAACAUGUACGGAAGAGAGCACGGGAUGUUGGAGCGUUGAAACGAUUGAAACCUCUACACCUAAUGCAUAUGCGCAUGCCGAAUUCGAUGGGAAGGAGUUACCCAAUUUACCAGUUGCGAUUACUGAAUCUCGGCGUCCAGUCAGUAGCUGGAGCAUACAGACUGGCGAAAGUGGUUUCACUAGAACGACAAGAGGAACGCCCAAAUCGCAUCGCACAGGUGUUUUCAUUUCUAGCUCCCCUCCACCGCUUCCGACAGCUUCUCCCGUCAUCCCGCAGACGGUCGAGCGCCCACUUCCUCUGAUACCUUCGGAGUCUUGGCACGAACCCCAAGAAGAUGAGGCAGACGACUCAGAUUCUGACACCACCUCACUGAACUACACGGAGGAAGGCGAAGAAAUUUCGAUUCAAACUGUUGAAGUUAUCAGCCUUGAUCCCGUUUCUGAAUCCCGCUCGUUGAGUUUCGAGUCGUUCACUGGAGUGAGCAGGACUGUCGAGAAACCAACACUAAUCAGCGUUCCCAGUUUGCCGAAUCUUAAGGUGAGGGCCAGCAUACCGUUGAUGGACCCAGUUCCCCAGUCUGCUCCCCCGCCUGUCCAUCUACAGGAAUUGCGAGUGCGAACUCCGCAAGGUCCCACAAAUGUGAGCGGACACAUAGAUGACGAAGAGAGGUAUGACCACGACGAAGAACAAGAUCAGAAACGACAGUUGAUACAACAGCCGCGCAUCGUUGAAGCCACUACACUGCUUCCCAAGACUUACUCUAACCCGAGUACCAGACCUCCUCUAUCUAAGCUUCUAAUCCGACGAGGAGCAAAGAGUGGGAAUGGCUCAAUGGACAAGAACUUAACGUUAACGAUCUUGACUAGUUCAUCGUCUUCACGAAACGAUGAUAGCACCGAUAUCGUUGCUUUACCACAUCCUUCUUCCUCUGUUCCUCUUCCCCCUGAAUCACCUCGGAUUCGUCUCACGACGAGUCGAAACUGCACUUUGAACCCGCCGCGUUUUCGACCACCUUCUCAUUCACCACCUUCUCAUCCACUACCCUCUCAUCCACCACCUUCUAGUCCGAGUUCGACCUUGAAAUUCCUGGAAGCCAGCCCUCCGGAUUCAAGUACCGUUCCGUUUACAACAUCUUCUACGGGAAAGCCACAGUCGAAGAGGUAUUCUGAGUCGAUUUAUUAUCAACAACCUCCGCUUGGUUCUUCGUUUCUAGAGAUCACAAGUCCUUUUACUGGUGAAGAUACAGCAGAGGAGGAAGCGCCAGAAACACGGAAAACAUCGGGUGCGACAUCUCUAGCGUAUAUGGAUGAUAUGCAGGCGAGAAGAAGCACUCGAGUAUCUGAAGGAAGUUUGAGACUUUCACCGAGGACGAUGGAUGUUGGCGCUGAGGCUUCAAAGACAAACAAGCCGGAUGAAGGACCUUCAGUUGCAGCUUCCUCUUCGACAACGCCGAGACAGACGAUAGCACUGGAAGAAAAGGCGAGAGCCAUGAGGAGGGAUGCAAGCGUCAAUGAGAUGUCUGACUCGGAAGUGGACUCUCAGACCGAGCUGUCGCCGAGUUCGACUGAAGUUGUUGAGUCGAUAACGCAUAAUUCAUUUCCGAAUAACGAAUCAGGUGGUUCUUUUACUUCUCAGCAAGGGAUGAAGCCGCAGUCUGCUAUUCGCUUUCCUCGGGGUCGGGUGAGUACAGGAUACGGUUCGGGUGUGGUUACGACCACGCCGAGUGAGGGGAUUAUAGGUGGGCCUGGGGUGCGUGAGAGAGGGUUUACGCUCAAUCAACUAGGAUCUGGGAUUCAGAAAUGGAAGGGAAGGUUUACCAGUCAUCGGAGUAAGGGGAAUGUGCCGUCCGGUGUAUUCGUAUCGUGAUUUAUUACCUUUAUGACCAUUAUACCAACAUACCAUUUUCUGUAACAGUUAUACUCUGGCACUUAGCCUCCAAAUCUCGCUUCCUGGAUACUACUCGAGGAACACGAACGCUGUACCAUUCCUUAUUGUUUUGUCCUUGACUCGUUGCAAGAAAAGUAUGGAUGUUCUUCACGGGAUUUGCAAGAAGAAAAGCAAGGGCUACUUGUUCUCCGCCUGCCACGCAGAGUAGUUCCCAUUAAAUGCCCAUGAAGCCAAGGACUGGAAUAGAAGAGAAAGACCGAUCAGCGAAAUUCGCUGUGAAAAGCGGAUCCUUGCC